CCUCUCCAAAGCUCAAACCACAUUCUUGCUCUCAUUGUCUUACUCUAUCCAAUGGCUCUUUCUGUGCAGCCUUCUUCAUCACCUCUUCUUACAAGUGAAGCAGAUGAAAAAUAUGCGAAUGUGAAAUGGGAAGAGCUUGGAUUCGCUCUGAUUCCAACAGAUUAUAUGUAUGUGGCAAAAUGCAAACAAGGAGAGAGCUUUUCAACAGGAGAGAUUAUUCCUUAUGGGGACAUUUCAAUCAGCCCUUGUUCUGGGAUUCUCAAUUAUGGCCAGGGCCUAUUUGAAGGUCUAAAGGCAUACAGAGCAAAAAAUGGAUGUAUCACACCCUUCCGGCCAAACCAAAACGCUCUUCGUAUGCAAACAGGUGCUGAUAGGCUUUGUAUGACAUCUCCUUCUGAGGAGCAAUUCGUCGAAGCAGUAAAGCAAACUGUGCUUGCCAACAAGAAAUGGGUUCCUCCUUCUGGUAAAGGAGCUUUGUAUAUAAGGCCGUUGCUGAUAGGCACUGGUGCUGUCCUUGGGGUUGCUUCGGCACCUGAAUAUACCUUCCUCAUUUACGUAUCUCCCGUCGGAAAUUACCAUGCGGCAAGCUCAGGCUUGAACCUCAAAGUUGAUCAUACCUAUCGCCGUGCCCAUACCGGUGGCACCGGCAGUGUGAAGAGCUGCUCAAACUAUUCGCCAGUUGUGAAAUCAUUGCUCGAAGCAAAGUCAUCGGGUUUCUCUGAUAUCUUGUUCCUGGAUGCGGCAACGGGUAGAAACAUCGAAGAGAUUUCUACUUGUAACAUCUUCAUUGUCAAGGGAAAUAUUGUGUCCACUCCACCAACUUCAGGAACCAUUUUACCAGGAAUCACAAGGAAAAGCAUAAGCGAACUAGGCCGUGAUAUCGGCUACCAGGUUCAAGAACGUGAUGUUUCUGUGGAUGAGCUAUUAGAGGCAGAAGAAGUUUUCUGCACAGGGACUGCAAUGGUCGUUAAAGCUGUUGAAACUGUGACUUUCCACAACAAAAAGAAAAAAUACAGGACAGGAAAAGAAGCAUUGUCUACCAAGCUUCACUUGAUGUUAACAAAUAUUCAGAUGGGCAUUGUUGAAGACAAGAAGGGUUGGAUGGUGGAGAUUGAUGGUUAUGUUCCCGGCACAAAGAAAGAAAUAUCAAAGACUUGA